AUGAAUUCAAUAAUUGCAACUCGGAAUAAUGAAACAGCAAAAGGGGUUCCCGCUGAGGAAAUUGUGGUUGUUGGGGAAGACAUAAUUAGCAAGUUGCAUGAAAGCAUUCUUGGUCACAUUCUGUCUUUCCUUCCAUCCAUGGAGGCAGUUCACACUAGUGUGUUAUCAAAAAGGUGGGUUGAUGUUUGGAAAUCCAUCACAGGUCUUCAGUUCAAUGAUAGUCUCCACUGUUUUGGAAAGAAUAAGAUGAAUAAACAAAAUUUUGAGCGUUUUGUGAACUGGGUGCUUCUUCACCUUGCUAAUUCAAGCAUCAAAAUUUUCUCUCUUUGUUUAACAUGUUAUCAAUAUGAUUCAACCCUUGUAAGUACAUGGAUCUCCUCUAUAUUUGAAAGGGGAAUAAAAAACCUUCAUAUUCAGUAUUCUGAUGAAGUCAACUUUCCUUCUCAUUCCCUCUUCAGUUGCAGCUCUCUAGUACAAUUGGUACUUCAAAUGAAAUGCACUCUUAGUGUUCCCAUCUUUGCUUCUCUUCCAAAUCUUAAAAUCCUUAACAUAUCUGGGAUCAAGUUAGUGAGUGAAUCCUCCACUUAUUCAGAAGAUCUAAUUCUUAACUUCCCAAAUCUCAAAGUGCUUGAAGCUAGAGGAUGUGAGUGGCUAACUAUACAGAACAUUACAAUACAAGCCCCCCUACUUGAAAGGUUCUCCAUAGCAAUUUGGAGAUCUCUAUCAGAUGAACCUUAUAAAUCUUCCAUCACUGUUUUCGCUCCCUGUCUAACAGAUUUCUCUUAUGAGGGUGAUCUUGAGCAGGAUAUCGUUCUGUUGAAUUCCCUAUCAAUUCUUAGUGCAUCUGUUGUGAUUGUUGUUGAUGAAGACAGAACGGACAGAAUGGAAAAACUUGGGUAUCAAGCACAUAAACUUCUUGCACAAAUCUGCGAAGUGCAACAAUUGAAGCUAUUGUUUUACAAGGUAUGCUUUUAUUUCAUGCUAUUAUGUGAAUUGGAAAUUUUGCUGAGAUAUGUGGAAUAG